AGUAUACCUAGUAUACUAGCAUUAGAUAUUCAUAAUGCAGAUACUACUAAGAUUUUAACUGGUGGUGCUGACAAAAAUGCUACAGUAUUCAAUAAAAACACAGAGCAAGUAGUCGCCAUAUUAAAAGGACAAAAUACACUGGACUCUGUGGUCAAGAAUCCUAUGUGACGAAAAGUACAAGUCGAAUAUCGCGCCAAGUGUCUCAGAUGGAGCAUUAGGCAUACGGAUGUGCGAAAAGACCGCAAGCACGAAAAAGUUACAUCGAUCAUCGGUGCGACUUACUUCGCUUGUCGCUUCUUCUUUUUGCUAGAACUGCGAGGGUAGCACUGUUUAGCUGUGAAGCAUCAACCAAUCAGAUUUCUCUACCUACUUCAUAAUUCUAAGCCGUUUGUUCCUGCUUGGCUUACUAUCGUGAAACACUACUCUAUUGUAUUUAAAAGUUACUUUUAUUUAUAUACAUACAUGCUUAUAUACUAAAGAUAACUUUACAAUUGCGUCGCUAGGUGGGGGUUUCUUCAAGUAUACUAUUUUACGUAGAUGUUUCACCAUCUGCUUUUCAAUGCCUUUGCACUAGCUUCAAACUGAGCGUUUCGAUUGGAGAAUCAUAUUUGUCGCUUCCUACUAUUUCCGUAUUGAAAAUUUUCCAAGUUGACGUUGAAUAGCAACUAACUAGCCUAAUUUGGUUGAUUAUUCUUGUAUACAAUGUUCUACUACAAAUAUGACAAUAGACGAGCAAUUUAAGUGAUUUAUAGAAAAAAUAUACUUGUAAAGUGCAUAAUUAUGUGACUAAAUGUAAGAGAUCGUAGUAUAAAAAAAAAUGUUUCAUCACGAAUAUGAGAAACGGCUGUUGAAGUCGAACAGCGAGAGUCAUAUAGAUAAUCUGGCAGGUUCCGGACUUUAUUCGUCAGUAUAUUUUUCACCGAAUAAAAUGGUGAAUAAUCGCUUCGAUCGAUUUAUACCAACAAGAUCUGGCAAUAAUUGGCAGACAACUUUUUCAAUGAUAUCAGAAAACAAUCGAAACGGCAUAGUCACAAAAAAAGCUCGUGAACUUGGGGAAGGUAGCCGUGACGGCAUUGCUUACUCUUGUCUUUUGAAGAAUGAAUUACUUGGUGCCAGCAUAGAAGAUGUAAAAGGACAAUGUGAAGAAAGAAGAGUACUUUCACCACUAGUUACCAAGAACCUUUUCAAAUAUACAACACCCACAAAAGACCACACUCUAUUAGAUCAGAGUUUACCUUAUUCUCUAUCACCACUAAGUGCUAAAAGUCAAAAACUUUUAAGAUCACCCAGAAAGGCAACUAGAAAGAUAUCUAGAAUACCUUUUAAAGUACUUGAUGCUCCAGAAUUGCAAGAUGAUUUUUAUUUAAAUCUUGUGGAUUGGUCGUCACAAAAUGUUCUCAGUGUUGGCUUAGGUAGCUGUGUCUACCUAUGGUCUGCGUGUACAAGUCAGGUGACUAGACUGUGUGAUCUCUCCAACGAUGGAAAUAGUAUAACAUCAGUUGCUUGGAAUGAAAGAGGAAACUUGGUUGCAGUUGGUACGAAUCUAGGCUAUAUCCAAGUAUGGGAUGUAGCUGUAAAUAAACAAGUAAGCAAGCUGCAAGGACAUAGUGCAAGAGUUGGAGCCUUAGCUUGGAAUGGUGAAGUUUUAUCAUCUGGUAGCAGAGACAGGUUAAUAUUGCAAAGAGAUGUUAGAACUCCUUGUGUCGUCAAUGAAAGGCGUUUAGGAGCUCACAGGCAAGAAGUCUGCGGACUUAAAUGGUCUCCAGAUAACCAGUAUUUGGCAUCUGGUGGUAACGACAAUCGACUUUAUGUAUGGAAUUUACAUUCCCUUUCGCCCAUACAAACUUAUACAGAACAUUUAGCAGCCGUUAAAGCUAUUGCAUGGUCGCCACAUCAUCAUGGCCUAUUAGCAUCUGGAGGAGGAACAGCUGAUAGAUGCAUCAGAUUUUGGAAUACUCUAACUGGUCAGCCAAUGCAAUGCAUUGACACGGGAUCUCAAGUCUGUAAUUUAGCAUGGAGUCAGCAUAGUUCAGAACUAGUCAGUACACAUGGUUACUCUCAAAAUCAAAUUUUGGUUUGGAAGUAUCCCAGUUUGAUACAAGUUGCAAAAUUAACUGGACACUCAUACAGGGUUUUGUAUUUAGCAAUGUCACCAGAUGGUGAAGCAAUUGUAACUGGUGCUGGCGAUGAAACUUUGCGUUUUUGGAAUGUGUUUAGUAAAGCACGCAGUCAAAAAGAAAAUAAGUCUGUACUGAAUCUCUUUACUAGUAUUCGAUAACUUUGAUAAAUUUCUAUAAAAAGGUAAUGAUUUCAUGUAUAAUAUACAUAUGUUUUAUGUAUGAUAUCUAUAUAAGUGCGAAUAUGUGCAAGUACACAACACAAAACAUAUGUAUGUGUAUAAUAUAUAUAUACAUACUACAAAUGCACGAAUAUAGUAUUUUUAAAAAUUAUAAAGUAUACAAUAUAUAUAGCUGUAAUAACAUAUAAGUAAAAACAAAUUGUAAGAACUUGUAGAUUAAGUUUAUAUAUGCACAAUUUACAUUUAUAGAAUUUUAUGUGCAAUAAGUUAUUUGUAGAAGUUAAAUAUGCCCUUAUGAGGAAAUCUAAAAACAAUAUUAUUUUUAUAUAUUUUUUAUACAUAACACAUUGAAAUCUCUUAAAGAACCUUAUUAAAAGUUUAUAGUAAGUCUUGUAAACACAGUACAUGCUACUUUUGUGAAUCAUAUAUUUUUUUGUUUUAUUUUUAUUAUCCUUAUUAAUUAUGUUAUACCUACAGAGAGUACAAUUAUAUUACUUUCAUUGUGACCGGAUUUAUCACGUAGUAUCUAUUGGUAAAUUAAAUGCAAUCCAUACAAUAAUACAAUGCUCUUCAUGAAUUAUU